CUGUUUUCGAAGGUGCAGAACGGCGAGGAGCUGUCUCUGUUUGAGCGGGGAGGUCGGCGGACGCCAAACAAACAGGAGGCCCACACUCUGGAGGCCGUCAAGCUGGUGGAAUUCGACCUGAAACACACUCUGACCAGACUCGUCACACACCUGUUCGGAGAAGAUCUGGAGAUCCGGUGGGUCGACUGUUACUUCCCCUUCACUCAUCCCUCCUUUGAGAUGGAGGUGCGUUUCCAGGGAGACUGGAUGGAGGUGCUGGGCUGCGGAGUGAUGGAGCAGGAGCUGCUGAACUCUGCGGGGCCGGGGAACAAGGCCGGAUGGGCGUUCGGUCUCGGUCUGGAGAGACUGGCGAUGGUGUUGUACGGCAUCCCAGACAUCCGGCUGUUCUGGAGUCAGGACGAACGUUUCCUCAAACAGUUCAGGGUUCAGGACAUCGAGCAGCCCGUCUGCUUCCAGGCCCUCAGUAAGUAUCCCCCCCUCCACAAUGACAUCUCCUUCUGGCUGCCUGAGAGCAAAGAGAGCGAGGAUGGGCAAGAGAGCUUCACAGAGAACGACUUCUACGAGCUGGUGCGCUCCGUCGGAGGAGACCUUGUGGAGAAAGUCACUCUGGUAGACGAGUUCACACACCCAAAGACCAGGAGGCGGAGUCAGUGUUACCGCAUCAUCUACCGUCACAUGGAGCGGACUCUGUCCCAGCAGGAGGUCAGACUCGUCCACGAGCAAAUCGAACGCUCCGCCCAGACUGAGUUGGGCGUUCAGGGCAGAUACUGACACAUUCACACAUAUACAGUAUGAACUUCCUCCUCUCUCCUGUGUUUCUCUUUUCAGGCUAAAAAAAUAGACGCCUAUGGUGGUCCUGCAUCCAUACUUUUAAUUAAUUUCGCUCUCUCAGGUUUACGGAUAGCAUCAACCUAUCUAUCUUGUAUUUCCAGAGUGUCAGAAGCACAAACAAACAUCUAAUCUAAACUUACCAUGUUGUGGUCUGGCCGAUAACAGUAGGCAGAGUCCUGUUUUGUCUUCUAGUUCACCAGAAUGUUUUUCCGUUCUUUCAAGAAAACAACAUAUUCGAUAUCUCCAAAUAACGAGAAAAUCAAUUAACAUCGCAAGAACACAACUGAAAUGAACUCAGUAUAUGUUUGUGCCUCUGAUUAACAAAAACAAGCAGAUGAAAGUUCUGUCAGUGUGAACAGAAAGCUGAGAACAACGAACCCAGAGGGAGUUUGGCUUCAGUCUCUGUUUAGGAAGUUUUUCCUCCACAAUAUAUUUACAUUUAAUUGAUUUUUGCUGUAUUGAUAUACAGACUGUAGCAUAUUAAAUAAUUAAAUCUGAAAUUAAAAAGUAGUCAGUUUUCAAGAACUUCAGCCUGAAGUUACAGAGAAAGAUAUUUGUUUUAUCUGAACUUGAAUAAACACUGAACACACAAAAACAUGAACUCCAAAAACCAUAAAAAGUUUUCUUUGUUAUUUCAAGCGGAAAGUAUUUGUUGCUUUACCUGAAGCUUUGGUUUUAUGUUUUCGUUUUUUCAAGGUUUGAAUCUUUAGUUUGGACAUUAAAUCUGUUUCUCACA